UCUCCUCUCUCUCCCUACUACUACAAAUGCCCACCGUUUCCGGGUGGAGCCGCACGACCGCAUCUGUUGUGUGCUGCUCCUCUGGCUGCUAGCUAGGACUGUUGGCCGCCAAUGGCGAGAGGUGAGCUGUUUCUUGCGUUGUUGUGCGUCGUGGUGGCCUCCGCUCCGGCCGCGAACGCCGCCGGCGCCAGGAAGACGGUCGGUGUGUACGAGCUCAAGAAGGGGGAUUUCUCCGUCAAGGUCACCAACUGGGGCGCCACGAUCAUGUCGGUCGUUGUCCCCGACUCCAGAGGGAACUUGGCUGACAUUGUUCUUGGCCUGGACACCGUCGCCGAAUACGUUAACGACACUUCUUUCUUCGGACCGGUGGCCGGCCGCGUAGCACAGCGGAUAGCCCGCGGCCGCUUCGUGCUCGAUGGCAAAGUCUACCACCUGAACAUCAACGACGGCAGGAAUACGCUUCAAGGCGGCGGCAGAGGAUUCCACAAAGUCAUCUGGACGGUGAAGGAGUACGUCGGCGGGGGCGACUCGCCGCACAUCACCCUGUACUACCGCAGCUUCGACGGCGAGCAAGGCUUCCCGGGGAACCUGGACGUGCACGUGACGUACCGCGUGGGCGCGGCGGGCCCGUACGCGCUGGGCGUGCACAUGAACACGACGGCGCUGGACAGGGCGACGCCGGUGAACCUCCUGCAGCACACGUACUGGAACCUGGGCGGGCACGGCGCCGGCGACGUCCUGGGCCACGCGCUCCGGCUCUGGGCGUCGCGGUACACCCCGCUGGACGGCGAGAUGCUCCCGUCGUCGGGCCGCGUCGCGCCGGUGGCCGGCACGCCCCUGGACUUUCGGGCGCCGACGCCGAUCGGCGCGCGCGUCGGCCAGGUCAUGGGCGGCCGGGUCGUCGGCUACGACGCCAACUACGUAGUCGACGGGGAGCCGGGGCGCAUGGGGCCCGUGGCGGCGGUGCGGGACGGCGCGUCCGGCAGGGCGCUGGAGCUGUGGGGCAACCAGCCGUGCGUGCAGCUCUACACGGCCCACUGGCUGAACCGCACCAGGGGGAAGGCCGGCGCGGUGUACGACCGCUACGCGGGGUUCUGCCUGGAGACGCAGGGCUACCCCGACGCCGUGAACCACCCGGAGUUCCCGUCGCAGACCCUGAGGCGCGGCCAGGUGUACAGGCACGACAUGGUCUUCAAGCUCUCGUUCUGAACGCAUGCAGGAGUGAUGUGCACAAGCAGGCAUGGCAUGUAGAAUCAGUUAAUUGUUGGGGUUCAGAGGGAAAAAUAAAGCUAGCCGCAUCUCAAUUCA